AAAUGUUGUCUUGCUUGGGGGCUGGGGAGGGGGGAGGCUGUUCCCGAAUUUCCUCGGCGACACCUGCUCCCCGGAGCCCUCGGGGAGGUCUGGGGUCCCCCGACAGCCGAGCUCACUGUGGCCUGGGCGGGGAGGGGGCGCAGUGACUGAGAGUGGGGGUGCGGCCGAGGCCGGCCCCCGCCCUGCCCGGGGCCGCUGAGUGGGACCCCCGGACUUGAGGGAGGGGAGACCCCAGCCCGUACCCCGCUUUCUGCCCGGCGCAGGUGGGCUCUGGGCGAAGAGGGAAGCGAACUUCCUUUGCCCGGAGAGUCCGAUAUCAACAGACUAGCUAAGUGUCUUUAAUCUGUGACGUUUCUGAAACUUGUAGAAGCCGAAAAGGGGUAUUAAAAUGUCACUUCCCUAUGGUUUUUGCAAAACGCGAAUUAUACGCCCAGCUUGAUUUUAGAUUUGGCUUCUGUCUCUUCCAUUUUUUCCCCCUUCUUCUUCUUCGCUGUGGUUUCCUUUAAAUAAAGGGGAAAAAAAUAAAGGGAAAUAGGAUGGCUGAUUUGUGGGGUAUGUUGCACACAGAGGUCUAGGUAUAGGCAAGAUAGAUGCCAAGCCAAAAACACUGAUUCCUUUAGAAUACUUAAAAGUACAGCAUGGGAAAGGACUGCUUUGGUUAUUAGCAUAUUAUUCAGGUUCUCUCUCCAGGUAGGCAUGUAGUAGAGUUUUGUUCUUCUCUGAUUAACACUGUAAAAAGUAGCCUGGAAAAGACUGAGUUACCAGCAACACGCUGUAUUUACCAAUUUGAUAUUUUGACAUGUAACUUCAUUGUGGUUAAAAACUGCUUCUUCUGGAAGGGAAUGUUAAUACUGCUUGCCUUUGAGGGCUGGGGCUGGAGGAGAUUUGCCUUUUUUAUCUCUCGUGUUUUGUAGUUUUUGUUACUAUGAGUUACCUUCAUAACUGGAGGAAAGUCUUCAUAAAAAUUUGUGUUUCUUUAAACUCAAGAAAAAUAUUUCAAAAGUAUCUCUUGUAUGUUAUUGGCUCCACCUGAAUUGUAAGUGUGUUCACGCAUAAAGCUAACAAAUUGAGAGGUUAAUUCAGGUUGAGAGAGAAGCAGUGUUUCUCAGAGGCCAUCUGGUAGACCUGUGUAGUAUUGGGAUUUUCUGAAGUCAGGAUAAGAGUUGUAAAUGUUGGAAGCAUCGUAGAUUUGUGUCAUUAGUCCUGUGAGAGUGGAAGAAAUCAUUCCGGUAAGAACAGCAGGAAAAGAAGACAGAAGAUGGAAAACACCAACACUGAAGCGUAUGGAGACAGCCAUGGAGAGUGAGGAGGAGAAUUCUGGAAGGAAGGAGGAAAAUCUAGCAGAUCGUGGUGCAUAGAAGCCGGGAGAGGAAAGACUUUUAAUCAGGAGAGAAAUCUAUCUCAGUCAGAUGAGUCAGAAAGAUCUGGAAGAUUAAUAUUAAAAUUGGAAGUUUGUAUCAAUUGCCGGCUGUUGGAAAUUGUAUGUAAUGGCAACAGAAUUUAUAAAGAGCUGCUGUAGGGGAUGUUUCUAUGGUGAGACAGAAAAGCACAAUUUUUCCACAGAAAGAGACUUGAAAUCAGCAGUGUCGGCAUGUCAGAGUACCUCUGCAUCUGCACCUCCAUUGACUUCUGUUUCGGUAAAGCCUCAGGUCGGCUGUACUGAGGACUAUUUACUUUCCAAAUUACCAUCUGAUGGUAAAGAGGUGCCAUUUGUGGUGCCCAAGUUUAAGUUAUCUUAUGUUCAGCCCAGGGUACAAGGAACUCCUUCACAUCUGGAAGAACUCGAAGGAUCUGCCAGAGCAUCUUUUGGAGACCGAAAGGUAGAACUUUCUAGUUCGUCCCAGCACGGAGCCAGCUACGAUGUGUACAACCCAUGCUAUAGGUACCAGCACAUUUCACCUGACUUGAGCCGACGCCUCCCUCCACGUUCAGAAGCCGCGAGACUAUAUGGAUCAGUUUGUGAUUUAAGGACCAGCAAGCUUCCAAGUUCCCCUGGGCUCAGCAAGUCUAUGUUUGAUCUUACAAGUUCAUCUCAGCGGUUCAUCCAGAGACAUGAUUCUCUGUCCAGCGUGCCGAGCAGUUCUUCUUCCCGGAAGAAUUCCCAGGGGAGUAACAGAAGCCUGGAUACAAUUACUCUGUCAGGAGAUGAAAGAGAUUUUGGGAGACUGAAUGUGAAAGUGUUUUAUAAUUCUUCAGUAGAACAGAUCUGGAUCACAGUUUUACAGUGCAGAGAUUUAAGCUGGCCUUCUAGUUGUGGAGACACUCCUGCUAUUUCUGUGAAAGGGAUACUAACGUUGCCCAAACCAGUGCAUUUCAAAUCUUCAGCCAAGGAAGGCUCUAAUACUAUUGAAUUUAUGGAAACUUUUGUAUUUGCUAUUAAACUCCAAAGUCUACAAACUGUAAGGCUUGUAUUUAAGAUUCAAACACAGACUCCCAGGAAGAAAACCAUCGGAGAAUGCUCACUGUCACUCAGAGCUCUUAGCACACAGGAAAUGGAUUACUCUUUGGAUAUAACGCCACCUUCAAAAAUGUCUGUUUGCCAUGCAGAACUUGAACUGGGGACUUGUUUUCAAGCAGUAAAUAGCAGAAUUCAGUUACAGAUUCUCGAGGCACAAUACCUUCCAAGCUGUUCAUCACCUCUCACUUUGAGUUUUUUUGUGAAGGUGGCAAUGUUCAGUUCAGGAGAGUUGAUUUAUAAGAAGAAGACACGCUUACUGAAGGCCUCCAAUGGCAGAGUAAAGUGGGGAGAAACUAUGAUAUUUCCACUUAUACAGAAUGAAAAAGAAAUUGUUUUUCUCAUUAAGCUUUAUAGUCGGAGCUCUGUAAGAAGACGACACUUUGUGGGGCAGAUUUGGAUAAGCGAAGACAGUAAUAACACUGAAGCCGUGAAUCAGUGGAAAGAAACCAUUACAAAUCCAGAAAAGGUUGUUAUCAAGUGGCACAAGUUAAAUCCAUCUUGAAGACGUCACACAUUAAUUUGGUGAAGAACUUUUAGAAGAUUUAUGAUUUCAAUUUGCUGCCCAUGAAAAGAGACAAAUCAAUACCUUUGUCAAUUUAUUUAUGGAGGUCAUAGUUAUAAUGUAUAAUGGAUCUUAUAGAGAAUUAAAUUUGGUUUAAAAAAAAUGGGAUGAAUUAUAUAAGAUAUCCAAAGUAAAGGGAAUGUUUUAAAACUAUGCCAAAAUAGACAGUAAAAUAAAAAGCAGUAUUGCUGGCACAACUAAAUAAUAUAAAAUCAAUGAGAAUUUCAACCAUAGGUAGUGAUUGCUAAAUUAUUUAUGGGGUUUUUUAAGUCUUUACCUAGAUAUUAAAAAUCUAGUAUACCUUAGACAUUUAGAAGACUUUACUACCGACUAUUUCAGUGCUAGUCAUUCUUGAUUAGAUCUUGACUCCACUGCUUACCUCUUGCUAUGUCUCUUCUCUCAGAAAACAAAUGUGAAUCAUUGAAUCGCUUCAGCUCUUCUGUAUUUGGGGAAAACUUGUACCCUAUGUUUCUUAUUUCUUACCCAUAAGGCAUCACUUUAUAAAUUAUUUAUCUCUAAGAAACUCAAAUACAGAACGCUGUGUUUUGGCAAGAGUAAAUGAAAACACCAGAAGAUUGAAGUUUAAUUGGAAACCUAGUUUGUAUACAUUUUGCUGUUUUCCUCCCUCAGAUAUUUUACCCUUUUUUUUAAUUGGAGUUAGAAUAAAUUAUCAUCAAUAUAGCCCCUCCUCAUUGCCACGUUCAAAAUUUUAUGAUAAUUAUGAUAAUUAUUCCCUUUUUUUAGUGUGUGUGUGUAUGUGUGUGCCUAUAUAUAGAAACUACCAGUUCUAUAAUCCACAAUGCUAUUUUCCCAUGUUUUUAAGAAACCAUACAUGAUAACAUUAUGUGGCACAUAUUUUCUAUCGCAGUUUCUCUCAGGGACUCACUAGAAGUCAGUAUGUGGGCAUAAUUUCAGGUUAGUCAGCUGUGCAAACUCUGGCAAAAGAAUAGCUGUUUGGAGAAACAGAUAAUGCCAUCCUUGAUGUUAGAAAGUCUGACUUUAGUUUUGCUAAUGAGUAGGCCCAGUGCUCUGUGACCAUGACCUUUCACUUUUCUUUCUCUCUUACCUUGUUUCACACAUGCCAGGAGGUAGAUGGUGAUAUCUUAGACUAGAAGAUAACUUUGGUAUAGCUUUAGCAUACUCUCUUCAUUCUAGUUCUUGUGGUCUGAAUGUCUCAUUAACAUUUUUUCAAAUAAACCCUUAAUUCCUCUUUUCCUAGGUACCAUCUCCAAAAGCUACAAAAUAUACCCAAUGUACACGUCCUUUGCUUCUACUCCCUAGAGUUUAUGUUGUACUGUUGGUGUUGACAGGUACUCUCUGACACCGUGCAUUUGGAAAUAAUUUUUUUUUU